AACAAAUAACAAUUCUCUUUAUCAGAAUGAAGUUAUAGGGUAUCAAAUUGUUGGUGAUUUUAUAAUGAGCGAAUCAGCUUUUGGGCAAGGUAUUCGUGAACCUCAGGAAUUUACGUAUUUUUCAAGUCCAGAAGAGAAACUCGAGAAAGACAGGAAGAGAGAAAGGUUGGUUGCCAUUCUGAGGAUGUUUCUGGCUUUAAGGAUAAUUGGCGAGUAGAUAUGGGUGAUGCUAGGUCGUCGUAGUCAUCACGAUCGUCUGAUGGUAUUUGCGAUCUUCGAUCUAACUCAACUCUCUGGCGAUUGAAACGUGUAUUUCUAUGGAAAUGCGAAAUACGCCAAGGUCGAAGGGGGGCAGCCGGUUGUGGGGUGGCGAGCGAGCCGUAGUAAGUCGCAGUGUUUUACAUUCGCUCAUCGAAUUCCAGCGUAUAUUUUUUUUACGUGGAAAUGUCUCGCUCGAACAAAAAUAAUCGAAAAAAAUUCCGAUUAUCGAGAAAUGGUGCGAACGAACAACCGUUGUGUUGCUCGUCAUCGUCGGGCUCCGGCUCUUCAUCCAACUACUCGGACGAUAUGGACGUUAUACGUAACGCGGUACUGGAAUCAUUGAUGAAAAACGCGGGUCCGGCGUCGGGCGCAGCGACCACGCCGACCCCUAAACCGCCCAAAACCAACGAUCACCCUACUAAACGUCAACGUCGUGCCGCCGGUGGUAAGAGCGACGACGAAACUCGCAAAGACGACGUUUCUUUCAACGCCGCAGCAACCACAACGGUAGUAGAUCCGAAGCUCGAGACUCCUCCGGUAGCUACUACGAUAGAAGAAUUAGCCAUGGCCGCCGAAACAACCCCUACAACGACGAUGAUGCAGACUCGAGAUGGCAACGACGACCCGGACCCAGGCCAAGACCAAAGUGAAGAUCGAGAUCAGAUUCGUACUGAUGUGAAAAUCGUCCGUAUUAAGACUUUGGACUCGGAAGAGAGUAAAUUGCUGUUGAUCGUCGACGUCCUGGACCGUAAUCCGUUCCGGAUCGAGGUAAACAGCGAGGCUGCGGCGGCUAAACGACGUCGCGACGAAGAAAGCGCCGCCGCAGCCAAAUGCAUCAAGGUAGAUAUCGAAGCCCUGAAACGAGGCGAAUGCCCGAAAGAGAUACGUAAUCUGUGCACGAAAGUACGCUCUAGACGUAUAUACAAGUUACCGGACGAGCUAAUGAGGAAAUUCGAUCAAAAAGGACUGAAAGUGUUCGAGUGGCAUAGCUUCAACAGACCAGACGAAGUUAUCAAGCUUUUACUAGACGAUGGCGGAGGCGCCGGAGCCGCAGGAGCCGCAACGGCCACGACCACGACUCCGGUUACCAACAACGACGUGCUGCGUAAACGUAUGAUUAUCGGAUUUCGUCGCAGAUCGACCACUCCGGCCAAAUCAUCCGAUACCGACGAACCGGCUGCUAAAAUUAGACGUACCGCUACUGCUCCUGUUCCCGUUGCUGCGGCGGCCACCGGCGAAGCCAAACUAAUCAGAAGCGGUAUACGUACUAAAUCGAGACUGGCCACCGAUCAACGCAGCAGUCGUAACCGAAUUCUGCACAAGUUACUCAAAGAGUACGGUAUGUCGUCGUCUGAGAACGCGACCUCCUCAGCCAACGUCUGGGAUACCGAUAGCCAAAACAAGAUCAACAAAUUGGUACGAAGUCAUUUGGAUCUGCGAGCCAAAGAAGCUAACGAACGAGCGAAUAACCGGCGUAAAGAGCCGAAUAACGAUCUGAUCGCUACGACAACGACGGCUCCGAUCACCUCAGCGUGGAAAUCGACGGCGGUCGCCACCGAGUUCGCGGCUGCGUCGACUACGUUGAAACGCGAUAAUCUAGAUGCGGCCAAGUUAUCGCUGAACGAUGAUAAUGAUGCUUCAGUUUCGAAUAGUAACGCCGAUGUAUCCGCCAUCGAUGGCAAUAGCGACGCUUUAAACGACAGUAACAACGAUGAUAACGACUCCAAGGCUAAGAAAAAGAAUCGCUGCGCGCUGUGUCGUAAAAAAGUCGGCCUCACAGGUUUCGAAUGCCGUUGCGGAGGCCUGUACUGCGGUAUUCACCGAUAUUCAGAUAAACACAAUUGUACUUUCGAUUACCGACAACUGGGAGCUCAAGAAAUACGACGAAAUAAUCCGGUCGUGAUCGGAGAGAAAAUUCAGAAAAUUUAACCCCGCCGCUUGACGGACGCGUCGUCGUACUUCUUAAUUAUUAUUUUUCUUCGUUUAAUUUGUCUACGUCGUCGUCGCCUUCAUCGUUACGCGCGGAUCGUUUAUAUUAUUUUUGAUUUUGAAUUUUUUUUCUUUUUGUUUGUUUAUUUUUUCCCCCUUUUCUAAUCGAAGUCGUCGUCGUCGCUGCCGCCGUCGCAAAUGUGUAUAAACAAAACAAAACUAAAAAAAAAAAAUGAGAAAAAAAGAAAAAAAGUCGUUUUUUUUAAUAGCUUAAUACCUCUCUUUUUCUUGCUCUUACGUGUGUGUGUGUGUACGAUUACCAAGUAACGCGUUUGCGCGCCGCCAGAACGAUUUAUGAUUAUUUUUAUUUCGUAUGUUGUUUUUUUUUUGAUUUUUUUUCUCUUUAUAUGUAUAAUUUUACUAUAAUACCCCCCUACGUAUGCGAUAUAUGAUAUAAUGGUGCGUUUUUUCCUUCCUCCCCUCGUCGUCGUCGUCAUUUUUGUAUCAUUAUGUAUUUACCUCCCGCCCCCUGUCCCCCCCACUCUCGCUCCCUGUAAUAUUUUUUUGUCUCUUUGGUACCUACCUAUAAUGCAAUUUUGAUCGAAUUUUCAAUUUUCAACUGAAUUUCGUGUCGAUUGUGUGUCGUCUUUAUUACCACUUUUUUCCUUUAUUUUUGGAACGAAUUUUGAAAAAAAAAUAAAUCGCCCGGAUACUUAUUAUUCUUUUUUCCUACCGUACAAAGUGGUCUUUUUUUUCUCAAUUUACUUAUCGAAUGUUGUACUCGUUCGUGUUUCUCGGAUUUCUUUUAUCUCAUUUUUUGGAUAAACGCGAAUUUUUCACUCGUUUUUUGGACCACAGACUGGAUGAGAUCUGGAAAUUUUUAGUGUCUUCGGAUCGGCGGUUACACGAUUUUACGUUCGGAUGAUUUUUUUCCUGCCAAAUUUUCACCAUUUUUUUUUUUUGAAGAAAAUUUCACUUUUUUGAAGAUUCAAAAAUUCGAUGUGAAAAAUCUAACGAUUAAAUUUCGUGUAAUCGUCUGGAAAUUCAAAAAAUGCAGUAAUUUUUUUGUCGUCGAAAAAUACUACGUUAAUAAACGUUUAAUCUUGUAUGUUUUUUUUUUUUUUGGUAUUUCUUCUUCCUAGAAAUACUUACCUUCUGUUUCUGUUUCGAUUCGACGUUCGUUUGUUCGCAUCGUAUCGCAAAAAAAUGAGUCGCCAAAAUGGUCCUAAUGAUGAGUGUAAUCGCGUUGAUUUAGUCCUGUUUUCGUUUUCGUUUUUUUUUUUUUUUUUUGAUAUUUUUCGAACCUUUAUAAAAAAUUAUGUAUUAGAACGAUGAUGAUAUUACCUUGGCAUGAAUUUUUAAUUGAAUUUUGUUCGGUUAAGUUUUCUCUUUUUUCUUCUUAUUUUUUUUUCGUCGUUAUUUUUUUCUUUUUUUUUUAGUUCGUUUAUUUUUUUUCUCUUUUGUUUGUUGGCUGAUUUAUAUAAUAUGAGAUAAGAGAUUGUACGCAUUAAAUUGACCCGGCUUCUUGUGUUUAUUUUUACGGAUUUAUUAUGAUUUUUUUUUUGGAUUUUUUUUUCUCUAGUAUUAAAGGAAGCUUGUGUGAUAUGUUUGUCUUAAAUUCAAUCGAUAUUGGACUUUUGUUACUUAAUUUAAGUUUGAAAAUAGGGUAGAUUCGUUAUGUACUUGUGUUUUUUUUUUCUUCUCUUUUCCCUUAUAUAUGAUUUUUUUUCUCUUAAUUUUUAAUUCCUCUUUAUCAUUACUGUAAUUUUUUUUCGCCUUGUUUUUUUUUCCUUUUUUUUUUUUUGUUUUUCUCACGUAACGAUGUAUUUUGAUUAUAUAUGGAUGCUGUCGCUGCCGCUGUUGCCGCUCCGCCUUGUGAUAGAUUUAACGAUAACGAUUUUUUUUCUCUUUCGGUAGUCGCGUGUUGUAUACUAAAGAGUGACAAAUUGUUGACCACAGGACUACGAAGGGACGGAGUCAUCCGACGCGAGCAAAUCAGAAUGUCAAUUAUUAUUUUCGAAGUAAAAAGGGGAUCACACUUUUGAAAACGCUGGUACGAAUUUGUCGAACGACGAUCGUGUCUUGUAUUAUUUUUUUCUGUCUUUUUUCUCUGUAUAGUUUUAUUAUUCAUGUUUGCAAAAAAAAAAAAAAAAACGAAUUGUAUAUGUUUAAUUGGCCAUAUUAUGUAAUGUUUGUUUGUGUGUGUGUGUUGAAAGCACGAACGUCGGAUUGAUAGAUUCGUAUCGAGCUAGUGUUCGCUCUCGUCGGACGACGACGUCUUCUCCUUGUUCGAUGAUGAAUUUUUUUCUUUCCAUGUAAUUGAGCCUUAAAAAAGAGAUUGUGUGGUGUCCUCGAUGUGUAUAUAUUAAUAUUUUUUUUGUUUAGCGGUUCAUAUCAUUAUGUAUUUUUUUUUCUUUUUCGAGAUGACCUAUAAACCAUAAGGAGGGUAGAGAUGGAUGAUUUUUUCAUGUAUUUAGAGGGUGUUUUUUGAUCGUUCUUCUGCAGUUGUUUUUUUUUCUUUUUUUUUUUUUUAGCGUACACGAACUGGAAUUUGUUAUUUACUGUGUGCGGGUCCAGUUACCAUAGUAUUUUAUCGCCUGCCUACAGAUAAUAAUUUACAGGUCGAAGUGGAAAAUUUAAGACGAAAAUGCCAUCUGUAUUUGCUGCAUUAUUUUACACAGGGUUUUUUUGUUUUGAAUUUCAUGGUGUUUUUUUCUCUGUCUGUCUGUAUUGUUUCUCAUUGGGUUUUUGAUUUUUCCUUAUUAUUAUUUUUCUUUUUCUCGUGGAAAAUUAGUACAAAUUUAUGUGAUAAAGUGCAAGCUAGUUGAAUAACGAUCGUUCGGUGUGUGUGUAAGGUGAUGAGUAAUUUAAAAAAACAUGUCGACGGUCGUCUUUUACCUUUUUUUUUGAGAAGUUGAAAUGCAUGCUGCCUUUUUUUUCGAGUGCACUGAAAAUUGUAAUUUUUUUUUUUUAUAACCGACACGCUUCUGAAUAUUUUUAUUUUCUCUUUGAUGUUCUGUUUACCAAUUUACGUACCUAUAUUUUUACCCGAAAGUAUAAUAAUGUAACGUUACAGUUUUGGUGGUUUGGUUUAGGUUUUUUUACGUGUGCAAAAAGAAGAAAAAAAAAGAAAACAAAUCGCUAAUAUUUUGAUUACCACUAUUAUCGAAGAUGAAAAAGCUAUAGUUGAGGAAAUCGCGACGCGACGUAGCGAGAUGAUUUUUUUGGACGUUUCGGUGCGAUUUUCUGCUCUGUAUCGUCGUGUUGUCAUUUUGUAUGUAAAUAAGCUUUUUUGGAAAAUUUAGCGGAUUAAGUUAGGGUUUUUUUUUCGUUCUCGCCCACUCCCCCUUGUUUUGUUCUGUUUACUGAGUACAUACCUACAACAAGUUUGCGAAAAAUUUACGUCAAGUCUCGAGUAUACCGUGUUUAUUCCUGCUCCUAAUUCGAUAAUAUAUUACGAUGCGAUGAUGAAGAUAUAUACAUAUUAAAGUAUGAUGAUUUCUGUAAUUAGUAUUUGUUUAAAAUGUGUAAAUGGAUAUUUUUUAUUUUUAAUUUGUAUAGAUUUGAAUGCAAAAAACUUUUAUUUUAUUAGUUAUAAUACAUUCUGUCAUUUAUUUAACAUUUAUGGAUUAUAACUCGAGUAAAUGAUUAAAAAGUUGA